GUCCAGGAUGGCCAGCGGGUCUCCGACCUCCAUGGCCGUCAGGAUGCUGGCCAGGCUUGAGUGCUGGACACCAGCAUUGGCAUUGGACAUCCCGACUGUUCGAGAUCAUUUCAACACCUUUUUCGGGAAUUGGGAGCACCCAACUAAGCAGGAACAUGUGCGAAAACGGAUGAAAUUCGAAGCUUGAUUUUCCGAUACAAAAACGGCUCGGUUUCGUCAGAACGUUCUGCUUUUCCUCUCGUUCAUGACGCCAUGCCACCUCUUCAACGAGGAGCAUUGCCACCAGUGGUGGGCUUUAUCGACAUGGAUUGUUUCUAUGUUGCGGUCGAGCGAGCGCGCGACCCCCGCCUUCUGGGGAAGCCUUGCGCGGUGGUGCAGUACCCCACGGGGCAACGGGGACGUCCCGAUCUGCGGCCCGAAGACGACCGGUGGAGAACCGGAGGUCCCAUGGGAGGCAUCAUUGCGGUCUCCUACGAGGCGAGAGCGCGAGGUGUCACCCGGCAGAUGUCGGGCGCAGAGGCCAAGAAGGUGUGUCCUGAGGUCAUCUUGGUCCAAGUUCCCACAGCCUUUGGCAAGGCAGACUUGCAGAUCUACAAGGACGCGGGCGACGCCGUGGUCGACCUCUUGGCCUCCCGCUGCGACGCCACGGAGAAGCGCUCGGUGGACGAGGUGGCCAUCGACAUCACCGGCGCGGCCGAGCAUCUGCUGGCCUCGCGCGCCGCGGCCGAGCUCGGCGCCGCCGCGUCGGCGGCGACGCACCUGGCAGACUCGGCGCUGAGCGUCGACGCGGCGAAGGUGACCCGAAGCUCGGCCCGGCAGGGGCAUGACAAGCAGCAGAGCAGGGACACCUCCGAGCUUGCUGAUGGAUGGGAGGAGGUCUUGCGACGAGCUGCCUCCGAUCCUGUGGCCUGGCGCCUCAUCGCCGGCGCGGUGGUGGUGAAGGAGCUCCGGCAGCAGGUGGAGUCCACCUUGGGCUUCACAUGCUCUGGAGGCGUAGCAACGAACAAGGUCCUGGCGAAGCAAGAGGACUCGGCGGGAAAGGACUUGAGGAUCUGCAGAGCCUCAAACUCUUCGCUGGGCUGUGGACUGCACAAACCCAACCAACAGACCCUUUUGCUGCCACAUGCCGCCCCCGUGUUGUUGAAGGAUCUGCCGCUGGAUCGCCUUCCUGGUCUGGGCGGUGACUUUGGUCAAGCCGUCAAAAGCCGUUUCGGCGUCCAAUCGGCGGGCGAGCUCUUACAGGUGCCGCGGCCAGACGUGCUGAAGCAGUUUCCUCAGCGAGGCGAGUGGCUGUUGGCGCUGGCGGCGGGCGAUGACUCGGCGGCGGAGGCGGUGAAGGACAGGCAACUGGUGAAGAGCCUCUCCAAUGGCAAGACCUUCUUCGGCGAGAAGCGGCUGAGAUCAUUGGAAGAGGUGGACUAUUGGCUGGGCGAACUCACCGGCGAGCUCCAUCGCCGCUACCUUCAGCAGGUGGAGAAGCACCAGCGGACGCCCAGUACCUUGCAGGUCUCAUUGACCUUGGACCAGAAGGAGCAUUUGACGCGCCAGCAGCCCAUCCAGCUGGGCAGCCAAGGGACACCGGAGCAAAUCCUACAGACCGCCAAGGCCUGCGCGCGCCGCGCGGGGGCGGUGAGUGGUGUGAUCUCGCUGGGGCUUAGCUUGAGCAACAUGAUCCCUUUGGAGGCCUCGAGCGCGUCCCUGUCCAAGUUCUUUGGCCGCAAGAGCGAAGGAGCAGCAAGCAAAGAGAAAGGCGAAAAGCCCCAAGAAAAGGCGAAGGCGAAGCCCAAAGAGGCGAACCUUUUGGGUGCUUGCUUUGCUCGAGCAGCGGCUGCCCAGCGAGCGAGUUCCGACCAGCAAAAGGCUCCAGAAGUGGACGAGGGUGUUUUGGCGGAGCUCCCGCUGAACAUCCAGCAGGAGAUUCUGAGAGAGCUGGGCCAGGAGCCCAAGUUGAAGAAGCUCCGUUGUGAUGUCGUGGAGAUUGAUGCGUGAUGCGGUCGGCCGCGGUCACAGGUGUGUUUUCGCGUGUAGGCGCGCGUAGGCACGUGCACACGGGGGUAUCCCGUAGCUAUGGCAUGGGAUCGCUUAUAGCCUUUCACCUCUUUGAGGAUCGCGCCGUGCGACCAAAAGAAGCGAGGAAGGCACCUGGUUUUGG